UGUAAAGAGAGCCAAGUUAAUUUACAGAAUAAUUUAGUUCAAGGAAACAUUUCCUUUAAGAGUAUAAAAAAAAAGUUACCAACAUGAGUGUUGAUGCUAAGAUUGAGUUCCCAGUCAUUGAAUUCCGUUCAUUGGAUUUGGAGCGAGGAACUGAUGGGUGGCACCGAUUGUGCAACAAAGUUCGAGAGGCUUGUGAGACUUUCGGUUGUUUUGAGGUGGUGUAUGACACGAUAUCGACGGAAGUUCGAGAGGAGAUGUUUAGGUUGAUGAAAGAACUGGUUGAGGUCCCAGUGGAGAGAAAACAAAAGAACGUUCUUCCCCCGCCUAACUAUGGCUGGGUUGGACCAGGCAGUCACGUUUCUUCGUUGUAUGAAGGCUUUGCACUUGAAGAUGUCUCCAAUUAUGAUUCUGUUAAAAACUUUGCUCAACUUAUGUGGCCUGAAGGUCACCCACGCUUUUGUGACAUUGCACAUACCAUGGGAACACAAUUGGAGGUGCUAAACAAGUUAAUCUGGUUAAUGCUAAUUGAUAGUUAUGGAUUAGGAGAUGAUUCACUGAAGUUGAACUACAUAACGAUUAUGAGGAUGAUGAAAUACAUGCCCCCUCCACCAGGGGAGAAUGAGACAGGAUUCUUUCCUCAUACUGAUAAACCUGUCAGCACAUUAAUUUGUGAGAAUCAAAUUCCAGGGUUAGAAAUUGAGGCCAACAAUGGCCAAUGGAUCAAGCUGACAAAUUUAUCUCCUUCUUCUUUUGUCUUUGUGGUUGGAGAUCCUCUUAUGGCAUGGAGUAAUGGAAGAUUGAAAUCAGCGAAGCAUAGAGUAAUGAUUAGAGAAGACAAAGAUCGUUUUUCUAUAGCAGCUUUUGUCUUUCCAAAUAAGGGUACCAUAAUCAAGACUCCUAAGGAGCUUAUAGAUGAGCAACAUCCUCGGGUUUUCAAGGACUUUGAUUUCAUGGAAUUCUUCUCUUUUGUCUUUUCCGACCCAGCAAGGACCAGAGAUAGUGGCCAGCUGCUCUAUGAAUUUGCUGCUCUCACACCACCAGUUUCCAAUUAAAAUCUUGCCCAUUUCGACAAGUACAAUCCCAGUUACAAAUAAUUAAUUGAGUCCUAUACUCAAGAUCUGCAUUCUCGUGUUAUAUUACUAUGUUGAGGUUCGUUAUAAUUGUGUGAUUGUAUGGCGCUAAGGUUACUAAAUCUAUCGUGUAAUUUAGUUCACUUAUGUGUUCUUUUAUCUUUUAAAUAAAAAAAUAAUAAAUAAAGAGUCCAAAAAA